UGUACUGACGUCAUAUUGAGAGGAUUAACGUCAUCCGGACAACAAUGGUAGUGGGUGUCUUUCAUCUUUAUAAAUAUUAUUUCAUCGUCUAAUGUAAAUAAGCAAUUCAAUGGAAAUGUAAGUUUCCAAUCAGAGCAUUCCAACGUCGCAAGUGAGCCGCGGCAGGUGGACAGGGGCGUACCCAGCUACACAGACUCGAACCCACAGCAGGUAAGACGUGGUCGGCCUUCAAUGAUUCUAUCUUCAAUGGAUUUAUUUGCGGCAUUCUGUUAGCUUAUGUUAUUCACAUUACCUGCCUGUUUAGAUUUAGAAGAGAGAUUGCUGAGAUGAGAGAAUCCAGUAAAGUGGAAGGGAAGAAACAAAUGAGCUCAACACGUCACGGGCCUAAAGGAUUAGAUCUCCCAGCACAGUCCAGAAAAACUUUUCAGCAGCAGAAAGUCUUUGAGCGAGUGGCCAAACGCCCACCCCAGCCCCCACCCUAUGUAGAUCCAUCAACAACACAAGAAUCAAGCGUGAACUCGCCCUCAACAGCCGCAGACACCAGCUACAAGCCCACAGGACCAAACAAGCCCACAGGACCAAACAAGCCCAGCUUCACGCCUGCACCAGGCCCGCUCACCAAAUGUGGAGCGCAAGGCUCCAGUCUACUGGAGAACAACAACAACGUGAUGCCGCGUCGAAUCUACGUCACUGGAAAUGGUCUGGUCAGAAACCAAGGUGCCGAAGCUCCAGCCGACGGCCGUGAUGUGUCCAGCAAGCUGCGCCGUGAGACCCGCAUGGCACCAGAGCCAGACGACCGCUGCAACACAAACGCCAGCCGGGUCGAGACCACCAGACCCGACCCUUCCGAGACCCUGACACAUCACUUUAAAGAUGGCGGCAACCGUGGACUGACCCAGAGGGGCAAAAGCAAUGAGAGGAGCCUGCAGCUAGGGAAGAGCAGUUCUUUUCACUACAGCUGCCAGGGACUCCGCCCACGAUUCCCCUGUACAGACGGGGCACCACGGACCGGCGGCCAGCAGCUUUACGGCACCUACAUGUCUGAGGGCGUUGACACCACAGUUGCUCGAGAUUUCUACGCUGACAGCAAAUUGCCCGCGGAUAAGGUUCGGAUUUUCUCUAACCUAAAUAACCAGCAUCAAUAUUUUCCAGCAAACGAGCCUCACUUUUCAGACUACAAGCCGGGCAACGUCAACCGUUCCGGCAGCAGAAUGUACCAACGCUGCACUAGUGAGGAGAGUAGACGACCACUUCAACUUCAGCAGGCGGUCUUUAGAAACAAGAGCACGUGCGCGGCCUCGCGUGAUGCAGGCACGCAGAUUUCUCCAUCCCCUUCCACUCAUGUAGGUCCAAGACUGACUCACACUAUGUCUACCUGCAUCUCAACCCAGUGCCCAUCUAUGCACGAUGUGCUGCCUAACUACCCGCUACACCGGCAGUCUACAGAACAUGUCCAAUCCAAGGAAGCUCAGGUUGCCGAUGAUAAAACUCAACAGACAGAGAAGCGAGCUCCGAUAGAAGACGCUGUUUACGCUAGAAGUACCGUCCAGCCCGCCACACAGCAGGCCGUCUCCACGAUUGCACCUUCCCCUGCUAUGCCUAACACAUUGGCGCCGUACUUAGACGGGCAGAUGGAUCAAGGACAGCUGAAUUUUGACGCCCGUCUGUUGGCCUGUGUCCAGAAACUUUACCACAACGGAUAUAUUCGUAACCGGAAAGACAAAGAGCUUAUAUCCCCAGCGAUGGCGCCGCCGCCAUUCGGUUAUCACAUCCGGCGCUGUAGCAGCAGUUCGGAGACAACAGUAGCAGAAGUGGAGAGCUGGCCACAAGAGAGGACGAUCCCCUCCCCCGUCUUUAAGGCUCAAAGUGGUCUGUAUGACAACAAAAACUCGCUGCUAGAUUUGGAAAACGUGCAAAUGUUUAAUAAAGUCGAUGAAAAUGUCUACCCGCUUGUUGAGAAGCAAACGUCCAACGAAAUAAUCAAGAAAAGAAAGACCAAAAGUACUGGUGAUAAAAGCCGCGCAAAGCAGUUGAUGAUCAUCAAAAAAAUGAACCGUAUGAGAUCAGCUGAUCGAAGUUACGACACAUCGAAAGAUAAGCUUUUAAAGCGGCGUUCAAAACGUGAGAAAAAAACUCACGGCUGCCAUGAAGUGUACCCGAACAAAUGCCCCUCCACUGACAAUGAACUGCAGUAUGAUGCCAGAAAACAUUCCAUACACAAGCGCGUCAGACAGAGACCGGUGAAAUGUGCCAAAACCAAGCCUGGAUCCAAAAAGUACAUCCUGUAUUACUACGAGCCGCUGGGGAGGACAGAGAAAGGCGAGGGGGAAUCAAACAAAAAACAGACAACAGAUCGCUUGGCCAAGAGAACAAAAAAUAAAAACUCGAAUGAAAAUAAAAGCGACAACACAAAGGGGAAUGCAACUAAAUAUUAUCCUAGUGAACAGAAAGUCUGUCAUACAUGUUUGAGCUAUAAGGUUGGCAUGAAAAGACGCAGGUCCUCAAAGUUGAUUAGAAAUGUGCGGAGCCAUCUGUCCCCGUCCUGUCAGCUCAACAUGAACACCAACGCUGGCACUGCUGACCCAGAUGAAAGCAAAGAAGCUGUGGAUAGUGCGAGCGCCAGUCUCUGUAGCAAUGAGAAGUACUUCAGCACUCAAGAUAUCAAAGUCAUCGAUGAUUCUCAAAGCACGACGGCCGCCUGUAACGAAGACACUAUUGACAGCGUCGUGCAACCAUCCGAUGGGGAUGGGGGACAUACCGCCGUUGGUAAAACUCAAAAUGAAGGCUGGGAGGAAAGAAAGCAGAACAUCAUGCAAGCUUGUAACGAAGCCAUUCAAAGCAGACUUCAAAGAAAAGACUUGGAACAAAUUCAGUCCGAAGAAUGUUUAGAGUCAAGCAACAAAGAAACGAAACUUCCCUCAGAAAUCCAACCCUCCCAAAAUGUGACGUCAGCUAUAAAUAAUGAAUGUUCCCAAAUGGAGGGCGCCUCUUGUAACGUCUCCUCUCUCUCUACACAGAAGGAAGAUCCGUCCACGGCUGCGAUGAGGCGGAAAAAAAAGACAAAAACAACCGAAGCUUUGUACAUCAAAUUUGAGAGCAGCUUAUCAAAAAAGGUAACAACCACGGUGGUUAAAGAAGGUCGCAAGCCUCUCACUGAUAAGUAUAAGCUCGAACAUAAUCCACUGCAUGGAUCUGGGGAACUUGUCAAAACUGUUGCCAGUGAUUUUGAAAGUGAUAAAAGAAACUUGUUAGAAAAUCCGCGCCACACUCGCAUUAUCCGAACAGACAAGCUCGACUGGGUUGACAAGAAGACGAAGCACAAGUCUGAGACGAGCCUGGGCUACCUAGCCAGCAAGGGACACCUCGAGUCGACAGGGGACAAAGAUGGCGGUGGCCUGAAAACUUGUGAGUCGGAGCACCGGUUCGAUGCGGUCAAAGACCUUCUGAGUGCAGCGUGUAAAGAAGACGACGGCUAUCAACUGUCGCAAGAUGCCCUGCCCUCGUCACAUGAAACCUCGACAACAAUCAGCGUCUAUUCACCGGCCCAGCCGCUGACAGAAGGGGGCAGCAUCGAGCCUCAGCCAACAUACCAGGUCACAGAACAUUCGAUGGAGAAUCUGGACAUAAAAAUAGAAAGGUCGAGCUCACUGACUUCAAAAGAGAGGAGCGUACGUCGUCCCAAAGAGAAGAGUGAAACUUGUAUCAACAAAAAAACAGCCAAAAAGAAAAAGGCGCAGAAGGUGAAAAAGGGUGAACAGGAGAAAGUAAAGGAUCAGUCCCACACCAAGACGCUACUCACGAUCUCCGUCACCAAAAAAAGUCCCGUACGGCAUCACAGCCCUGGUGCUGUGAAAAAAAGAAAAGUAAAAGAUGGUGAAGAGACGAGCACUGUCUCGCCGCCUAAAAAAGAAAAAGGCAAGAAGAAAAAGACUGGUGAAAAGAAAAGAAAGAAAACUAAAUCUGAAAACGAUCUGGCUCAACUAAGUGGCAGUAACAUCUCCAUGGCGACCAACGAGAAGUGGCAGCAUUCUUCUAGUGCCCCCUUAGAAAAUCUUCAGAUGGCAAUGAAAACAGAUGCUACGGAAUCGCCCACCGAGAAGUCUUCUAGUCCUAAACAGGAGAGAAAAGUAAUCAAAGAUGAAAUCACGCUAGAGAUCAAAUCUUCUACGGUUUCAGAGGUCUCGAAGAUGUCUGGUAAAUCUUCCUUGGAGGCGAUUCCCACAAGCAGCGCUACUUCUAACGAUGCUCAGACCAAAGCUGAAAAGGCCAAGUUAAAAAAAUCAGAAAAAGAACUUCAGAAAGCCGAGUUGGGGUGGAACAGUUCUCUGACGGCAGAAACAAAGGCGGCUGACGAGAAGGCUAAGCUCAUCCAGCGGAGGAACAAGCUCAAGUAUUUGAUCGUUAAAGCUAAACCCACGCACGACGCUGAUCAGACAAAACAAAGACGGCCUGCGUGUCGCAACAAUCCGGCCGAUGCCGAGAGUGUCUACAGCAGUGGCAGUGAAACGGAGAUCAAAGGUGAGGCCGCCUCUCAGCGGGAGAAGGCUGGUCAAGGCAAAUCAGUGCAGUUCUCAGAGAGCACAGAAAACAUCGAGUCGGCCAAAAGCACGGGAGGCGAAGGCCAGUCUGUGGACCCAGGAGAAUCUAUUGAUGAGGGAGAAGAAACGAAUCCAAACCAAGAAUCGAAUGAACAAUCGCCAGAAAUUGAGCCUGCUAACAAGCCAACAAGGAAACCCAGCGGCGCCAUAGAUAAAUCUGACACAGCGGAGGAGAAGGUCAACGUUGAGCCGCGGUCUCAAAGUACACCCCCAAGAAGAAAACGUCCCAUCUGGUCCAAGAAAACAAAGGAAGAACAAAACCGUGCCACUGUAGACAAGACGAACACAACGACAAGGCCGAUGGAGGCGAAGCUCAAGCUGCGUCACUCGUCAGAUAACAUCAAGAAAAAUUCGCGCUCCAAUGUCCAUCUGCAUUAUCCACUCAAGACAAACGCCGCCUCGCCCAAAACCAGCAGCCUCAACAGCAAGAAUACCAUCUCGUACAACCAAAUGCUCAAUGGCGUCUUUGUUUCAGCGCCGGUCAACAAAUCAGCCAAGAAAAUGAUUGCAAAAGUUGGAUCGCCCGUGGACAUCAAGGAAAUUAUUGAAGGGACUUCGGUUGACGCUGCAGAGUAUGGUCCCAAGCCCCGCGGGCCCCAGGAGACGGGUGUUAGGCCCGCCAAGUCCGUGCCUGCUGUCAAUCACGGUAAAGUUCAAGGUACUGAUCCUGGUAAAAAAGGCAAAAUAGGUGUGGUUGGUCUAAAGAAAAAUAAGGUUUCAAAGGUUCGUGAAAGCGGCUCAGUUCGCUCCCUUGCCUCAAUGGAAUCUGCUGACGAUUAUAUUCGAGGCACCGGAAAGAGCGGCCACCCGGAAACACAGUCCAGCCCCACCUGCUCAGUUUCAACAGAUAUCGACGAGGUGAUGAAGUCCAAACACGGCAUUACCGGUACACGGAUAGGGAGCCAUGGUCAUCCUAGACGGAAGGAAAAGCGGCCAAAGAAAAAGUCUUCGAGCAACCACGAUGUCCAGUGGCAGCCGACUGGUCAGGUGGAACCCCCGCGGGUACACUAUUACGGGGACAUGAUGGACCUCGAUGUUUUAAACAUGGGGCUUUCCUGGAUGGUUCAGCGAUUUUUCAACAGGCUAACAGUAUUCCAGAACAACUCAACUGGCACCAGCGAUGCAGGCGACAUGCCGUCUGCUCAGCCUGUACUGGAGUAGACAGGCAGACGCGAGCUCCAGGCCAGACGAUCUACUGCGGCUCUCUAGUGUAUCUAUCAACUCACCUUCUUCAAUGAGCUUAAGGAAAAUGUCAUUUUUCAACUGAUUGCAGCAUACUGGCAUCCAUGCUUACAUUCAACACGAAAUAUCUGCUCCACUAGAGACAGAGACAAUUCAGUAGACUCGUAGACAUCAGUCAUCUGCACAAUAGACCUCAUCAUUUGGGCUGUUCAAAAAUCAAUCAAUGAUCAAUCAAUAAUCAAUCAAUCAGUUUUGUCUUGAACUCUUGAUACCGACAAACCACGCCUGAAUCUGCAAGUCUCUAUGUUGUGUUUCUUAGGUCAGCCGAGCUGUCUAGAAGAGUGAAGCUAUUGUAUGUGCCAUCUGAGCAGCAGAUUGAAUAAACCAUAGUCCCCACUCACACGCUUGUAGAGAUUCUAUUGAUGGAAUGAAUUCAUGUUGAAAAAGUGUAAACUUUAAUAGAAAAUAAAAAAAAGUCCAAUC